CGAGCUUUCGGUGUGUCUGGAUAUUUACAGGGUCGCGCUGUGCAUUGUGGGGUCGUGUGUUGCUCCGGAUUCCAGGAUCUCUGAGAUAUCUCGGUUUUCUGAGGGGCGAAACGCAGCCCGCAUCGUUCGGAUUCCGUCUCCGUUACCGAGCGCUGCGAGAGAUCCGCGCGUCGAUCCAGAUCGUUUCCUUCGAACGUGAAAACAUCUGUAAGGCUGGAUGUGAUAUUUUUGGGAAGCGAAGAGGGGUCGCAUGUGACCAUGUGCAGCGCGUAAACAAAAGAAUGAGCCGAGCGAACCACGAUGGAGAAAAUCUCUCGGGUUUGAAACGGGCUUGACGCGAAACUCGGGGGUUCUGGUGAAGGCUCCGGUUCUGGUGAAUACAGCAGAGCUCGUUCUGUGGAUAUAAACAAAAAGCUUUUGAAUACAUCAUGUUAUUCUAUUGAGGAUUUAUUUUAUGGAGGAUUUCAUGACCAAUUGAAAUGGUGGUGCUGAUGGUGAUAAACUUAACGGCGACACGCGUCUGUCCGUGAUCACGCACCAGGAGUGAAUCCAGGAGCGCAACGUGGUUUGUUGGGUUGUGAUUUUUCCCACAUUCAUGAUCUAAAUCAGUUGUUUUCGGGCCUACUUGCUGCUUAAAUCUUUAUUAUACUAUUUAAUUGCCCAUCCUACAGCACUUGGAAAGUUAACGGCGCGGAAAUGCGUGCGCACAGAGCGCAAUGACGCGUAAAGAGGGAGGGCGAGAGCGCGGCGAGACACUCUCACUGUGAUAAAGCCACUUCCCAAACUUUCUCAUUCACUCACAGAUUGAUUUAUUCUCCCACAGUCUGCGUCACACUCACAGGACCAACUGGUGCGAGUGUAAAAUGGCUUUCCGAAAGUUACCCGGUGUGCCGGUGUCGGCCAUGGGCCUGCGUCUGUCCCAAAAAUUCGCGUUCCUGCUCUUUCUGUCCGGUCUGGUCACGCUGAGCCUGGGUGCGCUCUUCUUCCUGCCCGACUCGGUUCGCCUCAAGCGCCUUUUCCUCCUCAAAAGCGACAGCCCCAUCACCAACCCCAACCCGGUACCCUUCACCACCACCACCGAGAGCGCCAACCUAGGCGAGCAACUGGUGCAGAAACCCCCCGAGAUGAGCCCUAAAGUCAGAGUGAGCCGCAAACCCAGCGGAGGCACUGCGGCCAGACCUGCGGUCACACAGGAGGGACGGAGGAUCGAACCCGAGCGUAGAGAUGCCACUGUGGAAACUUCACCACCAAAAGGCGCAGAUUUUGCAGCUUUUCAGAGGUGUCUGCCGAAACCUGCGCUCGGGGCUGAGCGGGGCAAACCGGCGGAUCCCCAAACCGCGCAACGGAGGGACAAAGUCCGAGAGAUGAUGAAGUUCGCCUGGGACAGCUAUAGACAGAACGCCUGGGGGAAGAACGAGCUCAGACCGCUCACCAGGAACGGCCACAUCGGCAACAUGUUCGGGGCUCUGAGAGGUGCCACCAUCGUGGAUUCUCUGGACACCCUCUACAUCAUGGGCCUGACCGAGGACUUUCGAGAAGCUAUGGAGUGGAUACGGACCAGCCUGGACCUGGACAUGAGCGGAGAGGCGUCGGUGUUCGAGGUAAACAUCCGCUACGUUGGAGGUUUGCUGUCAGCGUACUACCUCAGUGGUGAGGAGGUCUUUAAGCAGAAGGUGUUGGAACUGGGUGAGAAACUGCUGCCAGCGUUCAGCACCCCGACUGGCAUCCCGAGAGGAGUCAUUAACCUGGGCAGCGGCACCAGUUGGAACUGGGGCUGGGCGUCGGCCGGGAGCAGCAUACUGGCCGAGUUCGGGACGCUGCAUCUGGAGUUCGUCCACCUGACCGAGCUCUCCGGGAAUCCCGUCUUCACCGAGAAGGUGAUGAACAUCCGAAAGCUGCUGGAUAAGAUCGAGAAGCCGCAGGGACUUUAUCCAAACUUCCUGAGUCCCGUCAGUGGGAACUGGGUACAACAUCACGUCUCUCUCGGAGGUCUGGGUGACAGUUUCUACGAGUACCUGAUCAAAUCCUACCUGAUGUCAGACAAGACGGACGCCGAGGCCAAGAGGAUGUACUACAGCGCUCUGGAGGCGAUAGAGACGAACCUGGUGCAGAAGUCUACAGGGGGUCUGACCUACGUGGCUGAAUGGAGAGGUGGCAUCCUGGAUCAUAAGAUGGGGCACCUGGCGUGUUUCGCCGGCGGGAUGGUGGGCAUCGGGGCGGACGACGGACCCUCAGAGAAGAAGCAGCACUACCUGGAUCUGGCGGCCGAGAUCACCAACACUUGCCACGAGUCGUACAGUCGCACCGCCACCAAGCUGGGACCCGAGGCGUUCCGCUUCGACGGCGGCGAGGAGGCAACGGCCACCAGACUGACCGAACGCUACUACAUCCUGAGGCCGGAGGUCAUCGAGAGCUACAUGUACAUGUGGCGCCUCACCCACGACCCCAAAUACAGAGAGUGGGGCUGGGAGGCGGUGGAGGCUCUGGAGAAAUACUGCCGCGUGGAGGGAGGUUAUUCAGGGAUCAGAGACGUUUACACCACCAGCGUCAGUCACGAUAACAUGCAGCAGAGCUUCUUCCUGUCCGAAACACUCAAGUACCUGUACCUGCUGUUCUCCGACGACGACCUGCUCCCGCUGGACGACUGGGUGUUCAACACCGAGGCUCAUCCACUCCCCGUCAUCCGAAAGAGCUGCUUACAGGAACACACGAGCACACGGGACUCACAGCAAACACACAGCCAAUAAUCCGCCCUCACACACACACACACACACACACACACACACACACACAGAGAGUGUUGCAGGCUGGAACGACCGCGCCUCACACACUGUCUGAACUUUUAUUCUGAGGACAAUCAAAAACUGAAUGAUUUUCUUGUGACACGAGCACCUUCUUUCCUUCCUUCUUUCCUCCGUGAGGAAAAAGUGAGUAUCUAUCAGACCCGGAUCUGCGGGGCGACGUUAGCACUGGCGCUUCACCGCCUCUUCUGAGAGAGAGAGAAUUGUGUUACACCUUGUCAGCGUUCAUUAUCCUCUCUGGUUUCCAUCCAUUUUCUACCAUUUUUUUGAUGAUUCUAGUGAUGGGGAAUUCUGGGACGAUUCAUUCCUGUAAAUGACUUUGAAGUGAAUCAGUCAAAUUGAUUUUAAACCUCUAUAAUCAGCCAACUUAACAUCCUGUAUGAUUUACUUUGAGUCAAGGCUCACUCACUCACCGCUUGUCCAAUCAGGAUCGCGUGGGGACAAGGGAUUCAAAUAAAGUUCACUGACAGCUUCUUGUUUAUUUUAAUGAAUCGUUCAAAUGAAUCAAGUGAUUCAGUUGAUUCAUAUUGCCCAUCACUAUUUAAAGCAUAACGUUUGGCCAAAGGUUUUCUGACAUUAUUAACAUUCCUGCUUGUUCUUUUUCUGCUUCUUUACUUUUAUUAUUAUAAAUUUUUAAUUCAGAGAUAAAACAGUGCCAUCCAGAGGUUAUCCAGAGGUUACACCCCUGUCCCUGGUGAUUAAAAGUGGUUUAAAUAAAGCACCAGAGUUUAAUAAAGAUUUAUUUUAAUCGCCUGAAAGAACGAGCUGUAAAUAAAGUGAUGGAGUGAUCGUGAGUGAUCCGUAUUGUUAAUCUCCCUCAGUUUUUCUAUCUUUAUUUUAAAUCUAUUUAUGCAUUUAAGUUCCCCAGUAUCUCCUCCCGAGGAGGGCCGUACCUAACACACACCCCUUCCGACACAUGGGCAGUAGCCAACCGCUUCUUUUCACCUGCAAGAGAGAUCAGUAUGGCGUAUGGAGAGUUGUGCGCUGCUCUCCGGGCGCCCUGCAGAGGUCGCAGUUCGUAACUGCAGCAGUGAUAAGGAAUCCAUUCGGCCCCACACACCCGGCAGACGUCAGGCGAUCAUGUCUGCAUUCCAGGCUGGUUGAUAGCUCGAGAUCUCAGCAGUGGUGCGCCCUUCAUUCCUUUUAUGUAUAAUUCUUGAUUUUAUUUAAUUCUUCUCUUUGCUUUCCUCAGGUGUUUCUGACAAAGGUGAAAUUUUGAUGAUGAUUGAUGUUAUUAUUCUUAUUAAUUAAUUAUUCUUAUUAAUUAUGAUUAAUUAUGCUAUGAAAUGUGCGGAUUGAUUUGAUUGAUCUUUUAAUGUUGUUGUAUAUUUUCAGAUACUGAGUUUAAAAAUAAUGUGCAAAUUUAUACCUUUAAAACAACUGCACAAACUU